AUGCCAUCUUGUCUGUCCUUGUGUUUGUGUAGCAGUAGUCUGAUCCAGGGGCCCGGGCUCCCCUUUGGCGUGCUCAGGGGCCCGCUGCCUUUAGACUCCUGCAGUGGCAUAAAAGAGCUUCUGUCCCGCGCAGACCUGCCCCACCGCAGACGCUCAGCCACCAUCAUCACCUCCACAUCACAGAGAUCCAGAGCCAGCGGGAUCACUGUGAGACAGACCCAGCACAGGGGCCACUAA